AUGUUUGUAGUAAUCUCAAUCGUACUGUUCGGUAUUUUACCAUAUUGUUUAACUGGAAAUGUGGUUGAAUAUACAUCGAAUGGUUACAAAUUAACUAUUGACAAUAAAGACGAUAGUUUUUCGGAUGAAACUCGUCAGCAUCUCAUAAACACCUAUUUUAAAGUGAUGCCCGAAAUGAACAACUACUUUGGUCAAAAUCAACGAAAUGUUCGUCUCACUGUUGAUCCAAAUUAUAAAGGUGCUGCAGCUACAAGUGGGUCAAAUAUCGUGUUGGGUGCUGAAUUUAUUCGUAAUAAUCCAGAAGAUUAUGAUGCCGUGACGCAUGAAUUUGCUCAUGUUGUUCAAAAUUAUCCAACAUAUGAUCCAAAUUGGCUUGUUGAAGGUAUUGCUGAUUGGGCACGAUACAAAUGGGGAGUUAACAAUGAAAAAGGCGGUUGGCAACUGCCCAAUUUUAAUUCCGAUCAAAAAUAUACAGAUUCCUACCGGGUUACAGCCCGAUUUUUAGUUUGGUUAGAACGGUCGAAAAAUCGAGACAUUGUAAAACAAUUGGAUCAAGCCUUGAGAUCAAAUUCGUAUAGUGAACAAUCGUGGAAUGUUUUUGUAGGAAAGUCAUUACAGGAACUUUGGAGUGAAUAUUUGCAAAAUCCAGCUAUUUAA